UCGAGAUCUGUGGAGAAGAAGACUUACCUUCAAACAGAGCACAAGUCUUUGGAGUUUUCCAUCCAACAGUUUCAAAAGUGCAAGAGUUUUAAAACUUCGCAGCAGAUCUACUACAUCAGUAUCAUGGCCCAAACGUUGUUUCACCUGUUUCUUCAGCACCUGCUUGUAGUUGCUGCUAUGGUCUUCCUGAUGUCUGUGUUUGGGGAGUGCACUGAGGGGAUGCCCACCACCACAUACUCAGUGCUACUGGCAAACUCCAGCCAAGAGAGUCUCGAGGGACCCCGAGUUCUGAGGUCACAGAAGCAACCUUGCAGCGACGACAAAAAGGACUACUGUCUCCAUGGAGACUGCUUCGUCUACACACAUCCAGAUGGCAAGGAAGAAUUCAGUUGCACGUGUAAGCCUGGUCAUUCAGGGGAUCGCUGUGACCACGCCAUCCUGGAGACAGGGGGAUGCUGGGGGAGCAGUGCUGAGGAGAUGAUUGGCAUCAUCCUCGGUGUGACUCUACUUCUGGGCUGUGUCGCUGGCGCCAUCUACUGUUGCGCAAGGAAAUGGUGUCGGAGGGAAUCACUACCAUACCAGACCUACAAAGGACAAGAACCUGUGUGACUGAAUUUAAACAGAUUUCAUCAAAAUUCCCUUGUUCUUGUUAACUUAUUUGUUAUUCUAUAUUUGUUAUUCUAUUUUGAACCUACUUUUAAAUUAAAACCUAUGUAUUGAUUAUUUAAUAUUUUUAAAAUAAAGCUUUUUAAAUAA